UAACUAUAUUACAAGCUCCUGUCUCCAUUUCCAGAAGAAGCAAGUUUUGAAGGAUCUAGCUGCUAUGGAGGAUGAGAAAGCGAGAGAACGUGAAGCAGAGGCAUUCUUGGCCUCUGUUACUCCUAAAAUUCUAAGCAAUUCUUCACAAGCAGGUGGAAUACCAGCUCACCAGAGAACAGCCGUUCGUGUAGGCGGCACUAGCUCACUCUCUGCCAAUCUGUCUCUACUGCAGCAGAAGGAAGCGAGACAGCAAGCUGUUAAGAAGAUAGUCGGUUCAACCAAGCCGAGCAGUCAACCCGUACCAUCUACUGUACCUUCUUCUAUUACAAACGGGAAAGCAGAAGACAAGAAAGGACCUGGCCCUAAGGUUACAAGUAAUGGUACAAGUGCCUCAGGCACUGUGACAUUGGGUGCUGGCACAGGAGGGGGAGUACCCCUUCAACGAACCCCCAGUCCCUCUAAACCCCUUCCCCCUCCCACCGUUAAGACAGUCUCACCUGCUCCUGUCUCCGCCCCACGUCCAAUUAAUAAAGUUCCCAGUCCUUUCACGAAACCUGCCCCUCCCCCAACUGUAAAGACGUCAAUUAAAGAACCAGUCAAACCGGUUCCUCCUACUGGUACUGCUGUAAAGACGGUGUCCCCUAAAGUGACCACGCCUCCUAGUAAAGUAGAAGCUCCACCCACUAAAGUGCCCGAUAAAGUUGAUCCUCCCGCACUAGUUAAAUCACCAUCUCCACCCUCAGCCCCGCCCAUCACUACCACUCCAAAUAAGGUCACUACACCUGUCGCUACGUCCAUCAAAAAGGAGACCACUCCCACUAAAGCCCCUGCCUUCACUCCGCGUAAAUUUGGUACUUCUACAGGCGGAGUGUACUCGUCCACACAGAAAGCAAUUGAGAGUCAGUUAGACGAGGAUUUAGCAGAAGAACUGGCCCAGUCAAAGGCUGCAGGAUACUUUACCAACAAGCAAAAAGCAAUGGGUGCUAACAAAGUUCCGAGUUCCUUUAAGAAUGAGCUUGGGGCUAAAAUUGAUGGAAGCAGCACCUUACUGAUGACAGAGGAAGAGCUAAUACUAGCUAUCGAUCAUAAAUCUAAAAAACCACAGCUAGGGAAGGUUGUAGAUGAGCCUUUACCUUCCGCUAGUUUCAAGCCACAGCUUGGUCGGGUCAUUGAUUCAAAUCCUACUAAGGAACCAGCUGGUAACUCCAGCUCCUCGUUCAAGCCUCAGUUAGGACGUGUCAUACCAAACAGAAAUGUUGUUAAAUCUUCUGGCCCUUCGUCGUCUUUCAAACCUCAGUUAGGACGAGUCUUACCUGAUAAUAAUGUUAAUGGUGUAUCUGAUAAUGCUCCCACACCACCGCCAGCUAAAGACCCUCUUCCAUCAUCAAAAGCUGCUACUGUAAGUACUGCCACACCAGCAGCUGCUCCUUUUAAACCAACCAAUACAUCAUCCCCUCCAGUUCCUGGAAUAGUUGCCGCACCUCCUCCUGUUGUAGCUGCUCCUCCUCCUCCGCCACCAACUGGAGGUGCCCCUCCUCCUCCACCACCAACUGGAGGUGCCCCACCUCCUCCACCACCUACUGGAGGUGCCCCACCUCCUCCACCACCGACUGGAGGUGCCCCACCUCCUCCACCACCAACUGGAGGUGCCCCUCCUCCUCCACCACCAACUGGAGGUGCCCCACCUCCUCCACCACCUACUGGAGGUGCCCCACCUCCUCCACCACCGACUGGAGGUGCCCCACCUCCUCCACCACCAACUGGAGGUGCCCCUCCUCCUCCACCACCAACUGGAGGUGCCCCACCUCCUCCACCACCUACUGGAGGUGCCCCACCUCCUCCACCACCGACUGGAGGUACCCCACCUCCUCCCCCUUUAAAAAGUGCCCCGCCUCCUCCUCCCAGACCUGGAGGUGCCUUUCCUCCUUGCCCCGGACCUGGAGGUAUCCCUUAUCCUCCUCCUUGCCCCGGACCUGGAGGUAUCCCUCGUCCUCCUCCUCUACCAGAAGGUGUCCCGCCUCCUCCCCCUCCUCCUCCACCACCACCCCCUCCUCUUAAUUAUCGGCCU